AUGGACUAUCCUAAAACUUACAGAUGUCCAAUAGCCCAACAAAUAGUACAUAAGAUAGUAUAUGAAAAUCAAAAUAAGGCUGAGUUUAUUCAAUAUGUUCAUGCCCAAAUCCAAGAAAUGAAAGAUAAAAAAGGAACUCAUAAAUAUUUUGCAGUACACACAGAUCGAUCAUUUACACAAAUUGGUUUUGACGAUCUUUUUAUUAUAGAGAUUGCUCAAUGCUUUAGAGAUUUUCCAAAUCUUGCACAAUUUCGAAUUAGCGUUGAAGAAAAGCAAUAUGUCAAUCUCGAAAGCGGAUUUAUUCUUAUUAACCCUGACGAUGAAGUUAAAGAAGCUCUCAGUUCAAUUCUCACUUCUUACACAGUUCAUCCGAUUAUGUAUGAUUUCCUUCGCGAUUAUACUGCAUUAAUUAUGCAUGGAAUAAAUGUCAAUACAGGAAUCAGGAAUAAGAAGGACUCCUUCCAGAUUUAUGAUCCUCAAGCUGCUUUUAUAACAAAAGCUGCUCCAUACAUUUCGUCCGUAACUCUUGACGACGCAAUUAAGCAAAUCAAAUUUGAAUGCUACGAAACCAUUGCGGCCAUCGAUACUAUCGAAGUUCCAAAUUAUCCGAAAUUAAUUUAUGAAAAUCAAGGCAAGAGUAAUACCGAGAUUAUCCAAGAGUACAUCAAAUACCUUCCAUACUUUGUAUCCCGUCCUGCUCUAGUUGCUCUUUCUGUUUUAAGGGCGAUUUCAAAAGCAGGAACCCUCUAUGACAUACGCUCCAGAAUCUUCGAGAAGAAAGAGUUUUACCUCAAAGCGAAUGAUAUAGUGAAGAACGGAGGCCUCCUUUUCCAGGAAAUAAUGAAACAACAUAAAUUGUUAAGAAAUGUUGAAGAUCAUCCUUACGAGUCCUUGCUUUUCAUCAAUGACCUUCUAAAGCAAAAGAGAGACAUUCAAAAAGUUAAACCUGACUUCAGAAAUUCAAACCAUCUUAAAAACUAUAAACAAUCAUGCCUUGCGGUCAUUAAUGCCACUCAAAAUCAUGUACCAGAGAAGACUGAUGAUCUUUCCGUUGCUUCAAUGACAAAUCCGUUUUCGGCCAAAUUAACUGAAUUACAUAUAAAUGGCGAGUUACGUGAUUUCCUGAAUGUUGUUUAUAGUGAUUUGGUUUCAUCUGGAAAGAUUCAUCCAGGAAAAGAGUUUGAAGACGUAAUUAACCAACUCGAAAGUCCUCUUUUGAUGGUUGCUAUUGAAUCAACAUCUAAACUUUCGGAUAAGAAUGAACGUAAUGCUCAGUAUCAGAAAAUUUAUGAUAUCUUAUUGAAUUCAUAA